UUUAGCAAAUUUAGUUAGUCUAAAGUAAGCUAUUCCGAAGCUAUAUCAAUUUUAUGAAGAUAAGCUCAAAACAACUACCGUCUCAUAAUGGCUUAUUCCUGGGAUAACCGUGUCGAUUUUGUCGUUCGGUAUAUGUAUGAUAUUGACAACAAUGGAUUUCUGGACCAAAACGAUUUUCUUUGUAUGGCAGUAAGAGCAUGUGUCGUUGAAGGAAAAGGUGAUUGCAGCACUGCUCGAUUGGAUGAUUAUAAAAAGCUAAUGACAAAUUUAUGGGAAGAAAUCUCUGCUAUUGCUGACGAUGAUAAGGAUGGCAAAAUAUCCAAUCAAGAGUUUAAAGAUGCCGUAAAAAAAACAUGUGUGGGUAAAAAGUACGAAGAAUUUCCACAGGCAAUGAGAGCAUUCAUUGAAUCAAACUUCAAGCUUCUUGACAUAGACAGCGAUGGAAUAGUCGGAGUUAAAGAAUACCGUUAUAACUGUAUAACUAGAGUAGCCAUCGAUGAUAUUACUCCAAUUGAUAAAGCCUUCGAAACAUUGUUGAAUGACGAGGAUCGGAAACGUGGCGGUCUUUCCUUAGAUCGCUAUAAGGAACUGUAUGGUCAAUUUUUGGGAAACACGGCCGAUAAUCAUCCAGCAGUAAAUCUCUUUGGGCCCUUAUAAACAUUUUUUACAAUUAAUUGUCUUCGCUGUUGUUCAACAACUAUUUAUUAAGUUUUAUUCGUAAUUACUAUGACUAUAAAUUUAUUACCAUAUAGAAAUAAUACAUUCAUAUCAUUUUGUGUAGAAUCGUCAGAUGAGUUCGUCAGUUCGUUAUAUUUAAAGCGUUAAAAAACGUUAAGUACAAUUGCUCUCAGAAAUUUAAAAUAGGAUAUAGAGUUGCCGUUCUCUCCUAAAAAGGCUCUUUUGUUAAAACCUCUCUCUCUUAAUAUCAAGUUGAUUUCGAUUUAAUGUUGUGUUAAAUUAAAGUUAUUAUAAUGUAAUAUAUAAAAUAAAAUGUCUAAACAAAA